GUAGGAGAAACUCUGCGUUUCAACGUCGACGCUAGUGCGCAUAGCAGCACUCCGAGAGGUAAGGCUCUGGGCCAGCACAAAAGAGGCCGUCAGCCGAAUGGGUAGAGGCACCACCGCCGGCCGGACCCUAAAUCGCCGGGGCUAACAAGCUCGUCAGCUCAAGAGGAGAAAGCCAUGGCUGCAUCCAGGGUCCACAUCACCUGCGCCCUCCUCCUAAUCGGUGCGGUGCUGCUGGGGCAGGGGCAGGAGGGCAUGGAGGGCGCCGUCGCCUGCCCCCAGUACUGCCUUGAGGUGGACUACGUGACCUGCCCGUCCUCCGGCGCCGAGAAGCUCCCGGCGAGGUGCAACUGCUGCAUGACGCCCAAAGGCUGCACGCUCCACCUCUCCGACGGCACGCAGCAGACCUGCUAAAGCUCUCAAGUCUGAACAAGUGCACUGCUAGUGUCCAUGUCAUACAUGAUGAAGCGAGAAGAACUGAAGACAUGCAGGUCAUCUGGACCGCAACCACCUUCUGCUUGCCUGCAGGUCUUGGCAAAUAAAGUUUUCCUUUUUAUUUUGCGUGUGUGUAUCAUCAUCCGUAUGCGUGAUCAUCCAUCGUUUAAGCCAUUAAGGCACGGGCAUCAACUGUCAAGCGUAGAAAUGUAGAAUGACGUUAGCAGAAUCGAAACAAAAAUCUCCAUAGAAAAUUCAGCCGUCUGCUCGCUGAACGGUUGAAGUUUUAUAUAUUG